AGCAGGAAAACAGACACUCACUUACACAAUCAACCGAGCCAUUAUACAGGAAACUUGACACAUUCUGAGGUUUGUCUACGGGCCAACCAGAAGACGAGAGGUGGAGGCCACGCUCAUUCUGCAUCAUCAAUCCCAGGCUUCGCAACCUCACCAGUGUUUUCGGUUCAGUUUGCUCACUCGUCUCUCACACUUGACCUGCGCUGAGGCUGUCGGGCACCAUGUCUCUAUCUGCCGAGUACUGCAGCGGUAAAAUGGGUGACAGGGGGGGAGGUGGUGGUGGUGCUUUGGCCCAUCAGAGGAGACUGAUCCAGGGAUUACUUGUUUGGGCCACCCUGCUCACUCUAGGAUUGGGAACAUUAAUAACUCUCCACUUCAACCACAGAGAAUCACCAGCUCCUAGUAAAGUGCAGACUCCGGGAAACAUCAUCCAAGCUAACAUCAAAGAAACUCCUCUAAUGGUAUUUUCACCAAACUGGAAAGUCUCAGACAAGGUGAAUUUACUUCGGUGGAAAACAGUGCGUCCUGAUUUCAUCAAGGGAGAGGGAAAGGAAAAGUUGAUGGUGAAAGAGUACGGCCAAUAUUUCCUGUACCUGCAGGUCACCCUUCACCCUCAGGAGAAAGCAAACCAUACAAUCACUUUGCAAUCAGAAAAACGACAAGAGAUUUUAAAAGGUCUGAUCAAUGGAUCAAAACUCUCAACUAUCUUCUUAGCUAAUGGCAUUCCCCUGGAUAGCAAUGAUACUCUGCAUGUGACUUGCCAUCCGGAAGCCAAAAUCCAGGCCUCUCACACAGAAACCUACCUGGGUGUGAUCAAGCUUAGUUAAACCUGAAUCUAGACCAAAGACUGAAAUGGAUUUGUGACAGUAUUGAAUGUGGACUCACUCCGCACUGAUCUGCUGGGUUUUAUGUGUUUUACAUCUUAGCUUUUUUUUCUUUUUUUUUUUUUAAAGUGACAUCUCCAAAGCUCUCUUCCUUUAUUGCACUAUAUUUGACCUUUUCCCCACUCAAUGGAUGAAGUGUCACUGAAUGUCCAAGUAUGGCCGAAUCCUGAAUGUUACCAAUGUAAAAUUGGCACCCUAUUGACGCACUUUAUAUAUACACAUGUAUAUGUAUUUGUGUGAAACCUGACCCUUUGCUAAGGCCCCGAACUGCUCCAAAUAUUUCUGAAACACUCUCACUUUGGUAUUGUGAGUUCCUUAGUCCACACUACAACACCUGAGUCAAUAGAAAAGUUAGUUAAAGUCAUUUAGGUCUCCUUACUGACGACACAUUUGUUUGAGAAUUAUGAUCAACAUAAUUUAUCUAGCAUGAACAUGUCGAGAUUUAUUUAACAAGAAAGGGCGAUAAAUACCACUUGUUUUCUCUUUUGGUAUCUUGGGUCACUAUUUUAAGCUCCUCAACAACAAUAUAUCUGGAUAAUUUCUAUAUUUUUUUCUUUUAAAACUGGUCUCAAAUAGCAGAUCAGCGACAGCUGUUAGUUGCAGCAAAGAUGGGGACUUAGCAAAGGGUCACAUGCACACAACGGAGAGUAUCAGGAUACCUCCCUUCAACAAAGCACAAAAAUUAAGCCUGGAUUCAGAAUGGCAGACUUGCAUACUACAAGUACUACAAAUGGCAGUUCAACCAAAAAUUUAUAUUCUUUCAUUAUUUACCCACGUUUUUCCAAACCUUUAUGAGUUUUCCGAGAUAUUUUGAGGAAUGUGGAUUGCUGGUCCCCAUUGACUUCAUAGUGUUUUCUUCCAUACUAAUUGUUUACUUACCGACAUCCAUAAAAUAUGUUUUGUUGUGUUGAACAGAAGAAAGAAUCUCAUACAGUUUUGGGACAACUUGAGGGUUAGUAAGUGUCAACAAUAUUUGGAUUGAACUAUCCUUUUAAUGUGGCAGAGUAUGCUACUAUGCUAUUUCCAAGUUUUCGCCAACAAAUAUGUCAUUGGUCAGGUGGUAUAUUAAGAGUGGCAAGCCACUGAAAGUGUAUUUAUAAUUGUUAAUAUCACGUGUAUGUGUGUUUUCUUGUUUGUUCUUUAUUUCUUAUUUUGUCAUAUUUAUCUGCAUUUAUGGCUGUUGAUCAUGAGUCAGCAAAAUGUUUUUAGGGUACUUAAAUGUCUUUGAAAAUCAUUGGUUUAGACUAAAGAAACAAAUCUAAGAGUCUUUAAACAAAAGACCUGUUCAAGCAAAACAUUUCACAACAAUGACUUUUUGCUGAUUAUAAAACAGUAGUAUGCUGUUUUAGGACAUGCGUACCAUUCAAAAUUAAGACUUUGAGAAUGAAGAAAAAAUGACACUUUAUGACAGUGAGAUGUUACUGGAUCAUGCUAAUGAAAUGAACAACACUUGUGGAAACUCCGAAACCUUUUGUGAAGAGCUGACUUCAUACAUCCACUAAAACUAUCUUGACUCCAGCUGGUUAAAUGUCAUUUCACAAAUUGCUCAGAAAGUGACAGUAGUUCUGAGAAACUCUCUAGCUUCCUUUGUUUGCAGAUGCCACUGGUUUGAAAGACUGUUUAAUGUAGAGGGUUAUUCUUAACCCUCAAAAUCUGAUAUAAAAAGCUAUAUGUUCUAUUGAGAACAACAACAUUUCAACUAAAAUGAUUACACCACAAGAUGCUUAUGAGGUCAUUAGUUGGACAUUUGUGGACAAUCAAAUAAUGAGAAAUGUCAUGAAAAUUAUUACAAUAACAUUCCAUGUAUAUCUUAUGUAUCUCUUGACCACAGACCUCUAUCUGGAAAUCAGGAUCUAAUGACAUUGUACUGACUUAUGGCAUGGUAAAGUAUGACCCAAGUCACUUUUUGGGAUCACUAAAUAUGGAUGAAUCGAUGUUUUGUUUUAUUAUUGUCCCAAGAUCUCAUUUUUUGUAGGUCUGAUUGUAUGAUAUAGGUAUAUCUGACAAAAAGCUUAUACAGUGUAAGGCAGUUGUUGGAAUAAACAAUAUUUACCUUCU